AUGGGCUGGAAUGUGUUUGUUGUCAGUUUGGCCUUCGCUGACCUGGUGGUGGCUUUCUAUCCCUACCCAGUGGUGUUGUAUGCAAUCUUCCAUGACGGCUGGUCUCUGGGGGAAACCCAGUGUAAAGUCAGCGGAUUCCUAAUGGGCCUGAGUGUGAUUGGCUCUGUUUUCAACAUCACUGGCAUCGCCAUCAACCGUUACUGCUACAUCUGUCACAGUUUUGCCUACGGACGUCUCUACAGCUUCCGUAACACGCUGCUGUUAGUGGCCCUGAUCUGGGCACUCACUGUGCUGGCCAUUCUUCCCAAUUUCUUUGUGGGUUCCCUAAGUUACGACCCCCGGGUUUACUCCUGCACCUUCACGCAGACUGCCAGCAGCUCCUACACUGUGGUGGUGGUGGUGGUUCACUUCCUGGUGCCCAUUGCGGUGGUGACCUUCUGCUACCUGAGGAUUUGGGUUCUGGUGAUACAGGUGAGGCGAAAGGUGAAAAGCGAGGAACGUUCAAGGGUAAGACCCAGCGACCUGCGCAACUUUGUCACCAUGUUUGUGGUGUUCGUUUUAUUUGCAAUCUGCUGGGCUCCGCUCAAUCUAAUCGGCCUUGUUGUGGCCAUUGACCCAGAGAUUAUGGCUCCACGUAUUCCAGAGUGGCUCUUUGUGGUCAGCUACUUUAUGGCCUAUUUCAACAGUUGCCUCAAUGCCAUAAUUUACGGACUCCUCAAUCGGAAUUUCCGAAAGGAGUAUGUGCGGAUCAUGACGUCGGUGUGGAUUCCUCGGAGGUUUGUGACUGAGACCUCCAGGGCUGCCACAGAUGGGGUAAGGAGCAAACCCUCACCGGCCAUCAAUAACAAUGAGUGACCUUCGUUUUAAACCAAUCACUGUUCAGAGAAAAACAAUAUGGAUGCAUGAAGCAAAUUUACAUGCUUUGAACGGUGAACACCUCUUUUUUAAUGCUACAGAACCAUUAUGCACAACUCAGGGUGCUUGUUUUGUUUUUAACCUAGGCAAAUUGGAAAUAUGUGACAUAAAUAAAUUUCUGCAAAACCUGAAAUGUGUUACGUUUCAGUGAACUUUUCAGAUGAUACCUCGUUAUAAGCGCUAUAAGACAUUUCACCAUAUGAGUUUGCAUUGGAGAUGCAGGUUUAUUAAACAGUACAGUAGAGGUCUUCACGGGUCCAAAAAUGUGUGCCCGAACCCGACAGAGACCUGUAAUGUACUACACCGAACCG